AUGUUGGCGAACGUUGUCAUCGUUAUUCUCGCCGCCGUGACGGGAUCGGUGCUGGGCGGCAGCCGGGCUUGGGAGGCUCCUCUCCACCAUGAGGUGCAGCUUGACCGCGACCGUUUUGCACGCAUUGCCGUUGACGAGGCCGGUUACGCCAUUCGCCGUGUAUCUCAUAACGACACCGGCAACAACAACAUCAACAAGCGCUGGUUUGGCGUACGAGCGGGCGCUGGGCCGAACCCCACUAGGCUCUGGCCUGACAAGACCAUCAGCUACUGCUACGAUACACCCGAAAGCCAGGCUGUGCUCGAUGAACCCUUUCAACUAGCUAUCAAGAUGUGGUCGGCUGGAUUCGAGGACGGCUCCGGAGGCCUGGACCCGAUGACGUUCAAGUACCAGAUGGUGGCGGCUGCGGGCACCGCGUGUACGAGAAAUUCGCAGCGCGACAAAAUCCUGGUCGUUUCUCUCGGCAACGCGCUCUCCACGACGGUCGGGCGCCCGCUGCUGAACGCGAAUAACCCCGAUGACAGGGGCCCGAGCAUGAUACUCUCGACGAACGACAACGUAGAGCUUGGAGGUACGGUGUUCGGCGAACAUUGGGACUGCCAAGCGCUCAAGGAUUUCGUCACUGUGCGCGGCAAGAUCUUCGCCAAGCACGGCGCGAUCAAAGGGCAAGAGAAAGUGGACGAAAUGUGUGUAAGCCAAGCCGUCGCUGUCGAAUGGGGGUUCUCGGCCUCCGACUGGCUUCCCAUCAAGGCAAACUACAUACACCCCAGAAGUGUCCCGCUCACCAGAGCAGGCUAUAAACACGUGGACUGGGAGUCCAUCAUGCUAUACCCCUCGGGCGCGGGCGGUGGCGGCUCGGCGCGCCCCCCGACGAACCCGUCCGAGAAUCCGGACGUGUACGACCAGCGCACACCCGUGCUGCUUCGCAACGACGGCUCAAAGAUUCGCACAAACGCCAUCCCCUCCAAGGGCGAUGUGGCGGGCAUCAAGUAUCUGUAUGAGGGACCCGUGGUCGCGGCUGGGGGUUACAUUCUGCCCAACGACAAGAAGCACAAGCGGUUCCCCAACUUCAUGAAGGACUUGAUGGGUAAGAAGGGCAAGUCGUGCGAGAACCCUAGUUAG